CUGUCAAACUAAAACAUUAACCUCUUUUAUUUUUUGCAGUAGUUAAAUAGAUAGAUGGUUAUUAUUGUAAUUAAUUAAUUAAGUUAAUAAAUAAAUAAAUAAUGAAUAGGUUUGAAUAUGCGGAAUCAAGGCUUAUGCCAAAUGAAAUUUAUGUAAGAAGAGAUUUAUCAGUGAGAAUUUAUGAUGGUGAUACUAAGACAAAUUUUGCUGGAGGUGAAUUAGUAUUGACAAGUCAUCGUCUAAUAUGGGGACGUCCUGGUGAUAUACCGAAUGGAAAAGUUUGUCUAUCACUAUCAUUACGUUAUGUCAUUUUUUUUGAAGAAGAAGUACCAAGUGCAUUUUCAUUUGGCCGUAGUAAAAAAAUUAUUUUACAUUUAUCUGAACCACCGAUUGGCAAAUUGCCUGGACCAGUUGAUAACAGCACAAGUAUGCACAUAAAGUUAUCAUUCAAAGAAGGUCUAGACCCAAAUUAUCUAUCCCAAUUAGCUGACGUGAUAAUGAAAAAACAGUGGGAAAUUGUUAUGAUAACUCCGCCAGUAGAGUCUGAAGCGAGCAACCAAUCAAAUAAAAGUAAACUUCCAGUAAUUAAAACACGAACUGGAAUAAUUGGUAUUGAGAGAAGUUUACAAGAGAGACAGAAAGCUACUGAUCAAAGUAUUACCAUGGCAUUUCAAGAUCUAAAAAAAUUAAUGGAGAUGGCUAAAGAUAUGGUUUCGAUAUCUAAAACAAUAUCCACUAAAAUACGGGAAAGACAAGGUGAUAUCACUGAAGAUGAGACUGUGAGAUUCAAAUCAUAUUUAAUGAGUAUGGGAAUUGAUGAUCCAGUGACACGUGAUGCUUAUAAAAGUAGCAAUGAAUAUUUUAAACAAUUGGCUAUUCAGCUAUCUCAGAUACUAGAAGAACCAGUAAAGGAAGUAGGAGGAAUGAUGACAUUAACUGAUGCCUAUUGUCGCGUAAAUAGAGCACGUGGAUUAGAAUUAUUGUCACCGGAAGAUUUAUUGAAUGCUAGCAGACAACUGGGUCCUUUAAAUCAACCACUAGUACUGAGGAUAUUUGACAGCGGUGUUAUGGUACUACAAGCUAGAUCACAUGAUGAUAGUGCAGUUGUUGAAGAUAUUGCUGAAUUGCUUGAUGAAAGAGGAUCAAUAACUGCUGAAGAACUAGCUCAAUCAAGCGGAAUAUCAGUUUUGUUAGCGCGGGAAAGGCUUUUUGUUACUGAAAAAUACGGACGAGCUUGUCGCGAUGACUCUAUCGAAUCACUGAGAUUUUAUCCAAACUUAUUCCUUCGACAAGAAACAUAAUUUAAAUUUCUUAAACAAUAUUUUUAAAUUUUAAAUAUACUUUGACCGCCAAGUUUUUAAUUUUAAAAUUAUACCCAAGUAACACACUUCGAAACAUACAAUUAGAAAUUUAUGUCACUAAAAAAAUAUCUGCUUAAAAGACUUGACACUUGACAACAAAAAGCGAAUUACAAAUGAUGUUCAAAUAAAUCAUUCAAUCGAUUCUUAAUUGAAAUGACUUUAUUGGGACUUAAAAAAAAGACAAAUUUCCUACGACUCCUAGAACCAACAUCUGUAUGUCAUUUAUAUAAAAAAAAUUUUGGUUUGAGACCAAAAAAAAUUUCUCUUGCCUUUUUAAAAGGCAUCUUAAAGUUGUCUCCGUGCUACUUGGGUAUCUACGGUGCUUGAUUGUUAUGAAUUUAUAAGCAAAUUUAUAUAUUAAUUAAUAAUUAUGAAGAACAAUUGUUAAUAACUUGAAUAAAUAUGUAAUUAAAUGAUGUAUUUCUUAAUAUAAUA